AUGACUACGACUCCGUCCAAGAAGCCAUCCCGUCUCGGCCCGUAUAAACCAACUCUCAUUCUACACGGCGGAGCAGGAUCUAUCUCUCGCUCCAAUCUGCCUCCAGAAGUAUAUGCUCGGUAUCAUGCUUCUCUUCUCAAAUAUCUGACUGAGACACGCAAAUUUCUUGAAUCCGGGGCUUCUGCUCUUGAUGCAGCUUGUCAUGCAGUCACCCUGUUCGAGGAUGAUCCGUUGUUCAAUUGCGGCCGGGGCGCUGUCUUUACGGAGCGGGGCACCAUUGAGAUGGAAGCCAGCGUGAUGGUAUGCUCCCUCAAUCCUGCUGGUCCUCCUGCCGGCGGAAUCAAACGUGGUGCCGCGGUCAGUCUGGUUCGGAACACAAGACAUCCCAUCCUUUUGGCUAAGGAGGUCUUGGUGGCUGCGGAUGAGGACGGUGGAAUGGGAGGAACGAGUACCACGCACUGCCAUCUUAGUGGGAGAGAGGUGGAGGAAUGGGGAUGGAAGGAGAGGGACCUCGAGAAGAAACCAGAUAGCUGGUUCUGGACUAAGAAGCGAUGGGAGGAACACAGGAGAGGUCUGCAUCAGUCGGGCUCAUACUCCUUCAAUGACCUUCUUAGAUUCGCCAAUCCGUUAUCAUUGCCUUCUGCCGGAGGCGAUGUGGAUAUGGACGUUCACGAAACCCCUAGCCAAGGUACCGUCGGUGCCGUGUGCCUGGAUUCCUGGGGCAACCUGGCCGUAGCGACUUCUACAGGUGGUCUUACGAACAAAAAAGCAGGCCGCAUUGGAGACACACCUACAAUCGGUGCUGGCUUUUGGGCGGAAGCUUGGGACGAAAAUAUCCAAGACUCAGCAGGCAUCCUUGAAAGAAGUUGUCCUUCUGGGCCGUCAAUGCUGAAGAGCAAGCCACUCUUUGAUCAGGUCUGGACACGAGCUUGCGGGUUGAUCGGUUCCUCCCUCGACCCGUUCGAACCGGAAUGUCGAUCUCGAGAAGAAGACGAAGCUCCUCCGGCAUACGCCGCGACGCCAACCUUGAAACUGCACAGACCUCCCGUCCCACUCCUCCGCAAACGCCGCCGCGCUGUCGCCAUGUCCGGCACCGGAAAUGGGGACUCGUUCCUCCGAACCAACGCUGUCCGUACCGCCGCUUCGAUCUGUCGACUCUCCUCAUCUACAUCGCUAGCUGGCGCUAUUACCGCCAUUGCGGGCCCAAACGGCGAACUCCAACGCUCCGCAGCCGAGCGAUGGGGCCGCACGGGCGAAGGCCAGGGCGGGAUCAUUGGGAUUGAAGUCAUUGAUGACCAUGCAGAGAUGAUUGAUCACCAAAUGCGGACGGAUCUUAAAGCAGUUAAUGCGCAUGCUUUUCAGAAUAAUACGAAGACGAUGGGCACACCUGUCUUUGAUUUCAAUUGUGGAGGUAUGUUCAGGGCUUAUUAUGAAGUUGACGGAGAGAGAGGGGGGGAGAAGGCCAAGAUCAUGGUCUUCAAGGACGAGUACUAG